UUUUCCGCCGAGCCGAACGGGCUCUGCUCAGCUGGGAUCCUGCCCACCAAGACUAUGGACCUGUCCUGGGCCACGCAGGAGAGUGAGGUCGUGGCGGGGAAGGUGCUCCGGUACCGGCGGGAUUCGUCCGGCUGGAAGAAGUGCCGGGAAGACAAUGGAGUUUCAAUUUCUUGGAGGCCAUCUGAGGAGUUUCCAGGGAAUCUGUACCGAGGAGAAGGGAUUUUGUGUGGGACACCGGAAGAGGUGUGGGAUUGCAUAAAGCCAGUCGCUGGAGGCCUCCGGGAGAAGUGGGAUGACAAUGUGACCAGUUUUGAAAUUGUCCAAAGCAUCACUGACACACUCUGUGUGAGCAGAACCACCACACCCUCGGCUGCCAUGAAGCUCAUUUCUCCCAGGGACUUUGUGGACUUGGUACUGGUGAAGAAAUAUGAGGACGGCACCAUCAGUUCCAAUGCUACCCAUGUGGAACAUCCAUUGUGUCCCCCACAGCCAGGUUUUGUGAGAGGAUUUAACCAUCCAUGCGGGUGCUUCUGUGAACCACUGCCAGGGGAGCCCAACAAAACCAACGUGGUCACAUUCUUCCAGACAGACCUGAGUGGCUACCUCCCUCAGAGUGUGGUGGACUCCUUCUUCCCUCGAAGCAUGGCUCAGUUCUACCCCAACUUUCAGAAGGCUGUGAGGAAGUUCCACCACUGACCGUUGCCUUUUGGCAAGGAACACCCAACGAUCCUUCAGGAGCUCCAGCUAUUGAGUGUCAAGAACAUGGAACAGCUGCUGUGGCCUUUUGAGCUUCCCUAGUGAACAGCGAGUCUCAGGGUGCUAUUCCAGAGGGGCAGCCCAUCCCCUUUACCCCACCACUCCUUCCUCUUGGGUUUGAUGUGGAAGGCAGGGUCCAUCAGUUUGACAUGGUGCACAUACACACACCUGGCAGGGCAGGUCCUACUAUGGCCACCUGACAAAGGCAUGGCUCAGGCACCCUUUGAUUCCAUGUGGUCCAGGGCCAGUUGCUAUCAGAUACCGUGUCUCAGUGCUGGUCUUAAAGGGUCAUCAUCCAUUCUAGUCACUAAGUCCUGCUUCCUCUGGCAUCUGGAGCUCCCAGAUCUCUGUGUUCAUUUUCUGAUAUGCUUUUAUAUAUAAAUUUUUAGCACAAGACUCCCCCCUUACCCCCUUACAAAGAUGUAAACUUAGAAAAUGAUAUUUUAAACCACAGGAUAAGCCUUAAGGAAAAAUCCUUUCAAUCUAACUUGUGUAGUAUCUUCCCGUCAGAAUCAUCUUUUCCUAUCUGUUUUCCCCUUCAUGAGUUAAUGUUAAUGUCCCCAUGGAACCAAUUUGUUUCUGCCCCAGGCAAAAUUGUAUCUUUGGGAGCAAGUGGGAGUUUGUGUGGCCUGUGGUUGUGGUUCUGGGUGGGGCCAGCUGCUCCUGGGUUCGUGCUGGACUCCAGGGAGAAGAGCCCCUUGCCAUGUACUUCACUAUGUCUUGCUGAGGCGUUCCUGGCCCCAUCAGGCUAUGCAGCCGGUAGGAAGGAGGGAAAAGUCUCCUGUGCUGUGGGCCUGCACAAGCCUACAGUAACCAACAAUUGCCACAAAGCCUGCCAUUCCAGUAGGGGAAAAUGGUGUCUCCUUAGCUUAGAGUAAAUUUACAUUCUUGGGUUUUAUCAUAUGAAGAAAGGAAAGACCUCUGUCAGCUGACAUUGUCUUCAGAGACAUGGUGCUCCUCAUAGUCUAGCCCCUGUUCCCUUUAGUAGAUUUUACUAAGUCCUCUACUCUUUCUCCAUUUAUUCUUCACAUUUUUGUUGUUGUUAUUGGGCGUGGGGGAUCUAGUCAAAGGGCUUAUUUGGACACAUUUUCAUUUUGAUGAGGCUUGGCUCAGACAUUUCCUACAGUCUGUCCUGACCUGUCUAGUUUUCAUGCUGCUGCUCUGUUCCUUGGGGUUUGGACACUGACUCUUGAUCUCUUUCUGUGGUCUCUCUCUGGUUUGGUUGGACAGGCUCUCUCAUUGGCCUGGAACUCACCACGUAGGCUAGGCUGGAUUGCCAGUGAGUUCCAGGGAUCUGCAUCUUUUUGCUUCCCCAGAUCUGAGAUUACCAGUGAAUGCCACCACAUCUGUUUAUUUUGUUUUCAUUUGGUUAGAUGGUUGGUUGGUUGAAUUUGGUUGUUUGUUUUUCUGGUCUCUAGGAAUUAAAUUCAGGUAGCAUUUUAUUGCCAGCUAUCUCCCCAGCCCCAUACCUUUUACUGUUAGAUCAAAUUUAUCUUCUAUUAAAUCUGAAAGAUUGAUAUAAAUGGUCUCUUGAAUUCCUUAUCUACUUGUCUGAUAAAGGACAGAAUUGAAAGUGUCCUGGAGAAGUAAGCAUGAGAGCUCCAGUAACAUGCCAUCAUUCCUCAGAGUAAGUGCGACUGAGCUAUGCAGGUCACUGAAAGGCUUUCCAUGAUGAGAGGAGCCCAGCUGGGGUUUCUGAGUUCACUUCCAGCAAACAUUCCCAGCUUAGAUUCUAGAAAAACCAGAAAGUUACAUUAGCCAGGUCCACUGGCAAUGCCCCGAAGUAAGUCAUCUCUGGUGUUUUGUCAGUGAGCCUUGCCAGGCCUUCCUCUGUCAUCUUGUCAUGGGGUCACUGGGUAUGAGGAUCUCAACCCCUGGCCCAGACCUGCUAAAACCAUACUUGCUGUGGAUAAUCAAGAAUCACAUUGAGUUGCACUGAGCUUGGCUAUCAGAUGUUCAGAAAUGGCCAAAGCAAAUAUUCUCCUUGGCCAUGCACAUGCUACAAACAUGCUGAGAAUUUUGUUUUGUUUUUAUGUUUUGGAGGGAGUUGUUUUUUGGUUUUUGUUUUUGAGACAGGGUUCCUCUGUGUAGCCUUGGUGGGCCUGGAACUCACAGAGAUACGCCUGCCUCUGCCUUUGCCUCUCCAAGUACUGGGAUUAUAUAUGUGUGUCACCAUGCCCAGAUGCUGGGAGGGUUACUUUGUUUUGAUUUAUUACCUGGUGUACUUUGUUUUAAAGUUUCUGGGCUUGCUCAUGUCUACCAAGUCACAGAAGGAAUGACUGAAUCUCUCUGCCCUACCAUAUCUAGUCAGACAAGCCAUUUAUUGUCCUCAGUACCCUCCAAUAUGCUGGAACAGGAUUGCCAUUGAUGAAGUUGCUGUGAUCACAAAUGACUAUCAUUUAACAUCAAGCAGAGUGCCUGACAUGUGAGAGAUAGGACAUUGGUAAUAAUUUUUAUGUUAUGUUAUGUUAUGUUAUGUUAUGUUAUGUUAUGUUAUGUUAUGUUAUGUUAUGUUAUGUUGUUAUGUUAUCCUGAA